GAGAAAAUUUAAUCAUGAUCGUAUUUGUAAGUAAUGAUUUACACGUAGAAUCAGAAAAAUCAUUUCAAUCGACAAAAUAUCGCGUAGAAGGUGGCGCGACGGUACUUUCUUCGAUUACGUUUACGAGGGGAAUAGCUGUUAUAGUUACGCAGAACGGCGCGCGUUUUAUGGCGAGCACGCUUUUCCGCACGUGCUUCGUGCUCGAAGCACGGGGAAAUCACGUCGUCGAACGAACGGCUCAUUAAAUAUAGAUGGUUAUCUCUCGAUACUUAGAGAAGCCCCGGGAAAAGGUAGUCCGGUUGGUUUAUAGACCGUCGACUUUCCUAUACAAACGAGAUUAGCAAACGUUCUCGCCACGUGCAAAGUUUAUAAUUUUUAGCUUCAGUUACGUUUCGUACGUAUUUUCUAUAUACUUCCUUUUCUUGUUUUACAAGCUUCGACUAAUAAUUACACGCAUACUAUGAGAGAGAAUUCGCGUGGACGAUGAGUGAUUCGGAAGGAAUAUACGAACACCUACUUUUACACCUAGCUUUCUAUAUGAGAUUAAGAAUUAACUAAAACGCGUACAAUUAGUAGUACUAUUUGUUCCAAUAUUUCGGUUAAAAGUUUGUCGAUCGAUCCGCAAUUUCCCUAAUUUCUUCUCGUCUCUAAGACAAAAGCUAAACAUCUCUAAAAUCAAAAACACGAAAAUUUCCAAAUCUCCGUAGAAUCUCCAUUUCCUUUCCUCUGUGUAAUAACAUUUCGAUUAAACCUUGUACCCUCGUCAGAUCGGCGCGAAAAGCUACUAAACCAAUCGGCGAAACUGCGCGCACGCAUCUAACGCGAGCCUCCUCUCUAGCGCGUUGGAGAUGGAUUUUGCGUUGGAAGAGAUCGACGAGUUCGCGAGAUCAGAGCCGGGAGGAGAGCAGCAACGUUAACGGCAAACGAUAGAAACAGACUGCGAAGAUCAGCGAAGAAGCGUGGAAGGAAAAACGAGGAGCGGAAGAAUUAGGAGAGCGGCGCAAAACACGACAAAGAGGAGAAAAAGACCGUAAGACGAGAAGGGAACAACUGCACAGAAUCUGAAUAAGCGGUAGAAGAAAAAAUGAAAAAGGGUAAAGAACACGAGGAAGGAUAAAAAGGGACAGAAAGAAGAGGAAGAGGAGACUGCGAAGAUAUAUGGAAGCAGGCAAAGGAAGAGGAAGAAGAAGAAGAGAAGCAGGAGGAUGGAGAAGGAGAAGGUACAGCCGUAUGGUGGGAGGAGAGAGAACGAGAGAAGGCCGCGGUAGUCUUUCUCGGUCGACUAGGUAAGAUAAGGACGAGGCGGACAAACGGACUGACGAAGGUGGCCAAGGUAGGGGAUAUUCAGUCUCGCGGCCACGUGCUACACGAGCGCACGCCCCGAGCCGGCCGGUGGUCCAGCCACGACGUCCGUCCUCUUCUUCUUCGUCCCGUUUUGUCCCACGCUUCCUCCUUCUUCCCUCCUUCCAUUCUUCUUUUCGUGCACCUCUCGACAUCACCUCCGCGUGUUUCUCACUCUUCUCCGUCGUUUCCAUCUUAUUCUCCUAUAUCUUUUUCCUAUCUUUUUUUCAAUCGCCUCCUUUCGAUCGACCUUUUUCCACGUUUCCGUUUGUGGCGGCUGCCUCCGUCGCUUCCGAGUGUCUCGCUUCGAAUUCCGAGUAGACGCCGCUCGAGGUGCGCCUCGCGGCACCGGCUAAUCGCGGGAACGCUCGAGCUACGAGCGCCUCGUCCACCAUCUUCGAGAGUUACAAUUUCGUUCGUCCAUUAGUCUUCGUUACUUCGCUCGGCAGAUCGGAGAAUUUAUCGUUUGGAGGAUUUAUCGAGCCAACGAGAAUCUUAUUUAGUGAUCGCGAGUGUGUAUUCGAUCCGGGAUACCAAGUUUCAUGGCAACCAUAGGAAUGGUUAACCAAUCAAGAACAAAGCCUCGUGACAACAGAAUACUACACCAGUGAAACUCCCUCCACUCGUUGUCCCGUUAGCCGAUGUAGAGGCUAUCGAAUCGACCCAAGAAAUCACGUUUCUUUCCACGUACCAGCGCAAACACCAAAUCACACUACAAAAUUAACCUCGAACGAAAGAGAGAAUUUGAAAGAAUCUCUCAAACGAUAAUAAACGGGAAAGCGGAGGGAAGGUGGCAGAGGUCCCGGUGGUCCCUGGUUUGCCAGGAGAGAUCGUGAGAAUCCGCGGUGGCCCAGGAAAUUUUCAACGGCGUCGGCACUUGUAAGACACGCACGAAAAUGUUGGGUCGCGACAUCGAACACGGAACAGACGGCUCGAGGGACCGGCGUGAACGGUUUGCAUCGAGAGAUUAAAGAACAUCGAAUGGACGUGGGCGAUUUGUCGAGCUCGGCAGGAUUGGCUGGGAGCGGAUCCAUCCCUGUAGCAACGGGUGUUGGUGUCAUUACAAGUACGACAUCCGCCACCGCGGGGUGGUGGACGCCUACGUCGACGAUCGCCACGGCAGCGGCCAACACCGACGUGAUGAAUCAGCUCUGCAGGGUCUGCGGAGAGCCGGCCGCGGGUUUUCACUUCGGGGCCUUCACGUGCGAAGGUUGCAAGUCGUUCUUCGGGCGCACCUACAACAACCUGGGCAGCAUCUCCGAAUGCAAGAACGGUGGCGUGUGCGUGAUCAACAAGAAGAAUCGCACUGCGUGUAAAGCUUGCCGGUUGAGGAAGUGUCUGAUGGUGGGUAUGUCGAAGUCGGGUUCCCGCUACGGACGCCGCUCCAACUGGUUCAAAAUCCACUGCCUCCUCCAGGAACAGUCGCACCAGGCUCAAACGCGCCUCAUCAAAGACCCAAAGUCCGCGUACGAGAAGGCGUUCGGCUCGUUGGACGUGGCGAACAAUAACAACAACAAUAACGAGAAUCCUGGUACAACGAGUGCCACUAGCGUCGUGGGUAUCGUCACGACGACAACCACCACCGCGAAUAGUUACCAUCACCACCAUCAUCAGCACCAUCAGGACAGGUUUCCAAAAAGAGACGACCUGAGGCCACAGGAUAUUCCUGCUCAAUUAAGGGCACCGGAUAUUCCAGCAAGAGCCAGCCAGGAUCCUCUAUUGAGGCCGAUGGACCUGGUCAGGGCACCUCACGAAUUACUCAGGCCGGAAGUGUCCAGGUUUCCCAUGUGGAGAGGAUCGCCAUUCUUUCAUCCAGCUCUUACACACAUGCAGCUAUUAAACACGCCAUUUUUCCCGUUCCAACAACGAUUCAUAGUCCCCUAUGUGAACCAGGUUGGCACACCACAAAUGGUAGCUAGCCUAACGAGUUCUUCGAGCGAUAGCGUGAGUCCUAGGUCGACACCGUCGCCUAAAAGGGACGAUGACAAUCGAAGUGCCCGUGACGAGUGCAGAGAAGUGGACGGAGGUUGUCAAAGGAGUCAAAUAGAAGCAUACGAUAAGAGUCUAGCGUUUCUGCGUUCUUUGGGUCCAGAGCAGGAAGAACCGAUCGACUUGAGUAUGAAGGCUGGCAAGAUGGACGGGCAAGAGGUGGAUGCGACUGGUGGUAGCACGGAAGAGGAAAGGUCGACGGACAGCGAGGACAACGAGCUGCUACAGGACACGGGGCCGCCCCUCGAUCUCACUAGAAAGACGUGACCCUGCUCGGCCAGCUCGCGGACAGCUUUCGAUAGGAACUGGACUGGUUGGUGUUGAAUCGUCGCUCGAAGGCGUUGCUCGGAGAGCUGCCAGCCUCUUUCGCGCACAGAGACUCAUAUUGUUGUCCUUUCGCGGGGAUGAGGAGAUGACUUACGCGACGUUUGCUGGAGAUCUUGGGGAGAGUAAAGAUCUUGCGGAGAACGUGGAAGGAAAACGCUUUUCGUCGAAUAAGGACGAGACGAAACGAAGAUGGAGAAGGCGUUGAAGGACUGGUAAAAAAUUAGAGAAUCGAGUGAAAUAAUGCGAAAAUAUUGGCGCGGAUGUAAAGGAGAGAUAUCUGGUAUGAGAAAUCUACAAGAUGGAAAGGGUGAAAUAACGGAUGGACAGCGACGGUAGGAGAAGUACGGAAGAGCGGACGUCACCAGCCUUACAUUGCACGAAUGACUUUACGAUCAGCGAUCGGGUCGACGUAAAAUUGCUCAAGCCCUCGGUAUUAGCCGACAGACAUACACGGUCCCUUUGGUCGGCUACAGCUUCGCCAGGUGUUCGUUGACGAAGUAGCCGAAGAUCGGCUAGAUACAUCCUUACAACGAGACAGACGAUUGUGCCUUAACCGGUGCCUUUCAGCUCUCAUACAUGUUCGAGUGCACGAGAUGGAGAAUAUAUAUAUGUAUGUGCGUGUGCGUCUGUGUGUGUGUGUGUGUUUGUAAGUGAGAGAGAGAGAGAGAGAGAGAGAGAGAGAGAGAGUGCCAGUAAAAACCACGUGAUAGUUUAACGUUAAAUAAUAACCGCGCUAACGUACGCGUGUAACGAGUUCGUACGCAGGUACGGACACAUGUAUGUAUUAUAUAUUAUGUCUGUGCGUGUGAUGCGUUCGAUAUUUUUGUUCUUUCGUGUAAACGCGUCUGGAGAACCGCGAAGUAAGCGAGAGUGUUCGAGAGACGCACGAAAGCUCCGUUUCUAUCUCUCGACGCUCGGGAAUGGCCAGUGUUUCGUUAAGCCGCAUCGAGAUUUCUUUUAUUUAUGUCGAGCCUUAUUUAACGCGAUUUUAAUUACUCGUUAGUCUGUCAGUCUCACGAAUACGUCGGUGUGCACGUCUUUUCUCCUGGAAUGUCAAACACAACGGUCUUUGUUUUAAUUUUCACGUUAGAAGAUCGUAACUCGUUAUGGAGACUACAAUGUGAAUUGCAGAUGUCGAUGAAAAAUAAAAAGUCACGAAGCUAGAGGAAGGAAUGGGUGAUGAGGAUUAGACGAUAGGCGUACAAACACUCGGUAGUGUUCGACGAAAAAAUACGAAGUAAAAUAAAGAAUAUUGUAUAACCAAUA